AUGGCUGGAACUCCUGCUGGGGAAGGCACCAUGAAGUGGGCGAUCAAGACAGCAGAUGCUGUUCCAGCGUCGGAAGGGGUGCUUUCCAAAGGACCAACGUAUAAAAGUUUCUACGCCAAGGAUGGGUAUGCCAAGCUGGAAGGCAUCAAUACCGUCUGGGAGCUUUUCGACAAUUCCGUCAAGAAAUUCGCGAAGAACAAGUUCCUAGGAAAGCGAUCAGUCGUCGACGGCGUGGCGGGUCCAUACGAAUGGCAAACGUACGAGGAGGUUGGCGCUACGGUCAAGAAGAUCGCGUCUGCACUUCGCUUCAACGGCCUUCAACCCCAAAGCCGCGUUGGCAUAUAUGGGAUCAACUCGCCUGAAUGGUUCAUGACCAUGGAGGCAUGCAACAGCCAAUCGAUCCACUGCGUGCCACUCUAUGACACCCUCGGCCCUGAGGCAGUGGAGUUCAUUUUGAACCACGCAGAAGUGUCUUCGGUCGCUGUCAUGCCUGCCAAUCUCCCUGCGCUUCUCAAGAGUCUCCCCAAGUGCACAGAGCACGUAAAGACUGUUAUAAGCAUGGGAGCCGUGGAUGAGGAGUCGAGCAAGGCACUGAAGGACCUUGGCAUCAAGGCGCUUUCAUGGGAGGACGCUCUUAAGGAGGGCGAGUCGAACUCUGCGGAGCCCAUCCCUCCAAAGCCAGAGGAUAUUUGCACGAUCAUGUACACUUCAGGCACCACUGGCGAGCCCAAGGGAGUUCUCUUGACGCACAGGGCAUUGCUGGCUGCCAUUGCCGGGAAUAAGGAUUUCGUUGCAUACAAUAACAUCAACUUUGGCGAAGACGAGAUGUACCUCUCCUACCUGCCCCUGGCGCACAUCUUUGACCGCUCAGCUGAGGAGCUCAUCACCUACUUCGGUGGCGCCAUUGGCUUCUGGCGUGGGGACGUCAAGUUGCUCACGGAGGACAUUGCAGAGCUCAGGCCCACCUUCUUCUGUGGCGUCCCCCGCAUCUUCGACCGCAUUUACGCUGGUGUGAAGGCGAAGGUAGAAGCAGCAGGGGGCAUUAGCAAGUUCCUAUUUGACCUGGCAUACAGCCGCAAGCAGGCUCGCAUCCGGGCGGGCGUGGCCGUGCAGUUUGCCGCUCCGAUCUCAGAUGCGAUUGUCUUCAACAAGAUCAAGGCGCGGCUGGGAGGGCGGGUGAAGGCCAUCUGCUCCGGUGCUGCACCUCUCGCCCCCCACGUGGAGGAGUUCCUAAAGAUCACCAUGUGCUGCCCCGUGGUGCAAGGAUAUGGUCUCACCGAAACCAACGCCAGUGGGUUUAUCUCGUACACAGAGGGCAUCGAGCAGGCAGGCACGGUGGGCCCCCCCAUGCCCACUCUGGAGACGCGCCUUGAGUCCGUGCCUGACAUGAAUUAUGACGCCCUCGCCACUCCCGCCCGCGGGGAGAUCUGCCUCCGCGGCCCGAUUCUGUUCUCGGGGUACUACAAGCGGGAUGAUCUGACCAAGGAGGCGAUUGACGAUGAGGGAUGGUUCCAUACAGGGGACGUGGGCGAGUGGCAGGCGGACGGGUCAAUGAAGAUAGUGGAUCGCAAGAAGAACAUCUUCAAGCUCGCUCAGGGCGAGUAUGUGGCCGUCGAGAACCUGGAGAAUGUGUAUGGCAACUGCUCCGCUAUAGACAUGGUGUGGGUGUACGGGAACAGCUUCGAGGCGGUGCUGGUGGCGGUGGUGGUGCCGAACCAGCCGGCUCUAGAGGCAUGGGCCAAGGGCGCUGGAGUGGAGGGCGACUAUGCUGCCCUGUGCCAGACACCCCAGGCCAAGAAGUUCAUCCUGGAGAAACUUGUAGAGACUGGGAAGAAGGGCCUGGUGAGGGACGGGGGGAUGGGCAAGCUCAAGGGCUUUGAGAUGGUGAAGGGAGUGCAUCUGGACAGUGUGCCCUUCGAUGCAGCAAGAGACCUCCUCACUCCCACCUUCAAGAAGAAGAGGCCUCAGCUGCUCAAGUACUACCAGGAGCCCAUUGAUGCCAUGUACGCUGCGCUCAAAGCAUGA